CAGAAAGUGAACUGCUUGCUAUCUCUCUGAUAAUAAAUUGCGAAAGCAAUCCAUUUAUAUAUGUGCACACAGUGAGACAAAUGGACACACUGAGGUAAAGGUUUGUAAUGUUAGGAAAAUACUUUUUGGCUAGAAAGAUGCACUUAGGAGUAACUUUAUGUCUAGUGAUCAGUAUAGUCUGUUCUGCAGCUCUGGAGCAGGGUAGGAGCAGUUGGACUGGGAAGCUGUUAGUGGUGCCCAUGGAUGGAAGUCACUGGACAGGGGUGAAGGCUGUGGCAGAAGAGAUGGGACGUAGAGGACACACCGUGAUUGUGGUGAUUCCAGAGAUCAGCAUGCGCUUGGGUCCAGGCAAACAUUACAUCACAAAGACGUUUCCGGUCACAUAUGGGAAGGAUUUAAUUGACCAAAUGAUUGGGAAACAUGUUGGUGAACUAACAGAGCCAGAGCAGUCCCUACUGAAGAGUGUUUCUUUAAAGGUGGACUUUAUGAGAAAUGCUUUUAAUUAUAUGGCCUCUACAACUGAAAGUUUGUUCAAGAACCAUGAGCUUAUAGAGUUUCUGAGAGAACAAAACUUUGAUGCUGUUUUAACUGAUCCUGCCCUACCAAUGGGAGCCAUACUGGCGUAUAAUCUAUCCGUACCUGCGGUGUACAUGUUGAGGGGAUUACUGUGUGAAGCUGCAGCCACAGGCAGUCCUGACCCUCCUUCAUAUAUCCCACGUUUCUUUACACAAAACUCAGACCGCAUGUCUUUUAGUCAGCGUGUGCUGAACGUUUUUGUCAGCAUGCUGGAACCACUGAUAUGCAAAUUUGUAUAUUGGCCCUUUGAAGAAUUGACAUCAAACUUCCUUCAGAGAGAUGUGAGCCUGAUUGAGAUCCUGAGCACUGGAGCUGUCUGGUUGAUGCGGUAUGAUUUCAGUCUGGAGUUCCCCAAACCACUGAUGCCCAACAUGCAGCUCAUAGGAGGAAUUAACUGUGGAAUUAGGAACCCACUGAAAAAGGUUACCAUCACCUUUAUACUUGCUACAUGA